AUGUGGCGCGCCUCUCCCAGCGAUACACUGCGAGGUGAACUGCAUCCGUGCUCCUCCAGGCUGUCCACGCCGCCACAGAAGCCCGUCCUCCUCCUCCUCCUCCAAGCGCACGCACGCGAAGCGGCAGGAGCCUCGCCGCGAGCACGCCCCGCCACGCCCUCGGCCCAGCGCACACUCAACGCGGUAGAUGACACAACGAACGAGGCGCUGGUACUUCUCUGUCCGUCCCACUGCUACUUCUCUGCCCCACCAAGAGAAACAACCUUCCCAUUCUUUCAUUACACCAAACCCGCACGAACUGCGUCCGCCGCCCGUUCCACCCUGCGAGCCGCGCCCCGCGCAUGGUCACGACACCAGAUCCCACGGCGCCGGCCUCUGCGUCAUCCACGGGGGAGGCGCGAAGCGGUCCACCUUUCUCUGCGGAAAUGA